CUGUCAAACUGAACAGCAGAAGUCUUCGCAGACCGUCCUCACCUCAUUGGGUCGACACGCUGCAGCCUGCGGCUUUUAGAGACUUGAGAAAAUGGAGGCUGUUUCUGACACAGAUGUGCAGUUCUGGAUGGCCAAAGCCAUGAACUGGGGGGAAGAUACGUCAUGUUCUGCUCUUCUGGACACAAGCAGACACCUUGGCUCUCUGAGGAGCUUUCUCCAGCAAGUUCUGCAGGGGUUGCAGCAAAUGAGGUCCACUAGUGAGGCCAUGAAGACGUUUCCUUUUGUGGGCCAGUUCCUGGGAAGACUUCGUUGGAACCCAUGUGUUAUUGUGGAUGAGAGGAGCCAGAGACUCCUGCUGCGGUGUUUGAGCUGUCUGUACAGUGCUGAGCCACUGAAUGCUGUUGAACUAAAAGCCAACAUGUGGAUCAAGAAUCUGUUGUGUCAUCUGAUCUCGGAGGAGGAGGGAAGUGUAGCUCAUGCUACAGUAAAACAUGCUGGAUUAACCCCGAAGCGAUACCACUCGGAGGCUCUUCAGAAGGUGGUGUCAUUGAUGACAGAGGAGGUCAUUAAAAGCUGUGAUGGCUCGUCAAACACAGCCAGGUGUUUAAAUGGGAAUAUUCAUACCAUGGCAACGGCAUGUGUUGCCUUGGUCACAUGUCCUCAGAUGUCUCCUCUCAUUGGAGCUCUGUUGAAGCAUUCCAUGUUGUGUGGCUCUUCCUGUCUGAAUCAAGAGUUCAUUAAGGAAAUCAAUGAGGCCUUGAUCAGUAAGAGGCUUGUGUUGGAGGAUGAGGCCAUAGUGAACCUGUGGUGUUAUAGUCCCACCUGUCUGGAGGGGGCAGCAGUGAGCUUGCUGGAAUCUGUGCUCUCUGACCAUGAAACAAUGACACAGAGUCUGGACAAACAUGUUAAUGACUCAUUACUGCCUCGAGCUUCAGCCCAUCACUGUCACAUCUUCCUCACAGUCAAUGAGAUCUACAGGAAUGUGCUGACAGAGAUUGAUGAGAACCUGGCCGUGAGAGCCCUCAUACAGGUUUUCACUGCCUGCUUCCUCCAGAGACUGACUGGACAGAAACCCCAGGUACAAGCUGACUUCAUGAAGGAUCGUCUACCACUCAGAGCCUUCUUCCCAAACGUGACGUCCUGUUUACUUGCGCCUUUACUGACAGCACCAUCAGAGGUUCCCAGGGAAGCCUGGCUGGAUCAUCUGAGCUGGAUCAGAAGUUUACUUCAGAGCGUGACGGAGAAUGAGGAGGCGGGGGGAGAUGUCAGGGCGUAUCAGGCUGUCUUUGAGGCUUGGUUCCUGCUGGUGCAGUGUGGGUAUUGGGUGGACACAGCUGCUGAGCUGCUUGUUCUGGCAGUGCCUGAGAACGCCGAUUCGCUGCUGUGGCUUCUGACGUUCUUCCACCACCCCACCAACAGAGGGCACCAGAGGUCCCAACAAACCGCAGUGGCCAGAGAAGCCUGGACUCAUCUAAGGAUGCUGUUUCUCACUCGUCCUCCCCCUCCUAGACACCUCAGUGCUGUGAAAGAGCUCCUGUCCUCCUCCCUUUCAGCAAACCUCGUUUUGCAUUUGUUUUUAAACUUCACCGUCUUUUCCCACGGACCUGUUAGCAUUAUCACUGAAAUAACUGACAAGGUGCUGACUGAGGCCGCUGUGAAGCGCAAGGCACUGUGGAUCCUUGCCUCAAUACGCUGCAGACUAAACAGUGCUGCUACGCAGGAUGACAGGGUUCAUUCCAGGCUGAGGACUCUUCACGACACCCUCCUCCAAACCUGAGAGCCUCACAUAAAAAACCCUAGCUUCGAGCAUUCGCUGAAACUAUUUAUUAGGACAAGGAAUCCUGGCGUGGCUCAGUUAGGCACCGAAAAGCUGGGUGGGACGAUAUGGUAUUUAUAGAGGAGAAACCCAGCUGCCGUUUUAAACUUUAAAAGCAGUGGGUGUUCUCCCCCUAAACCCAAGAGGGGCCUCCGCGCUUGAUGUAUUGAGCCAAAUAAAAGGAACACAUGUA